AUGCCCUUUGACUGCGGUCUGUUAUGUCUGCUCACUGAUCGCCGACGCUACAUCGAGAUCCUCUGGCGGCACCGGCUUCUGGUCACCGCCGACGAACGCAAGGCCAAACGCCGCUUCAUGAACCUGAUGCGGGGCUUCGACACCGAGGAUUUGGACGUGCUCAAAAAGGUAACUAUACUAUGAUUGCUUAGAUAUAUUGUUAUAGAGAUCUACUUUUUUCAUUUUUUUGUUAACUUGUUCCUUUUGUAUAUAUAAUGAUAGACAACUAACACUGUUAAUAUUCCCAAUAUUACCCAUAUUUUACGCCAUUUUUACUUUCGAAUUUUGACGCCAUUUCCACUUUUGCCUCCGCCAUAACUCACGCUACUUUGCAGGCCAUCGAGACCCGAGGUCUGGACAUAAAACAAUGCGCUCCCGGUCCCCCGAUGGACAUUGUGGAGGACUCGGAUUCGGACGAGGAGCCGGCUCCGCUUCCACCCUCCACGGCACGGCGGGCGUCGGUCGUGAGUUCACGGUUGCGACGCUACUCCACUGUGCGUAUGGACCAUCUCGGCGGCACGACCAUGGUCACGACGGUGGUGCCGGUGGGCAGCAAUCAUAUAGCUCGUAUCCCCACCACCCACCGCCAUCAUCAGCCCAACCAUCUGUCGCCGCAUCGGCAAGGCUCUCAGAUCAACUCACAUCGUUCGUCGCGUUCCGGGUACGAUAAGAAAUGGCACAUUUAAAAGUUUUAAAAAAUAUGAUGCAUAGGCCUUAAGUUCAUGAUAAACAACAUGCAAAUUCUUGAAAAAUUAUUCCAAAUCUCAUAUUUUCAGACGCCGACGUGAGGACUUCAAUCAGAAUUCGGCGUUGGAGCCGGCGCUUCCCCCUCCCCCACCGCCGCCCCAAUCGUCGCGCCCGACCCGCACCGGCCCUUCGAUGGACAUCAACAACAUGAACUUAAUCGGUAACACGGGUGAAUUCCAAGAACGCGGGCUGAUCCCUCAGAUCGACCGCCCCAUGUCCAUGCCUUACCUCUGUUGCAAGAUGUGGCGAUGGAAGGACCUUCAGGUGGAUGCGGCGCUACACCGACUCGACCCCCUACCCUGGUGUCGGUUCGGCAGGGUUACCAUCAACAACGCCACCGUAUCUUGCUGCAACCCCUUCCAUUACGGGCUCUGGAUAAGACGUAAGUUUUUUGAAAGGGUAUUAGAAUAUUUUAGGUAACAAACAAAGAAACUAUCGUACAGGGAAAUGUUAAAAGUAAUCGCUAUGUUAUAGUAGUUACUUUUUAACAUUUAUUUUGACUUUUACUAAACUUGUUACCUAAAUCUUGUUUUACUGCUAAAAAUAACUCAUUUCUGUUCAAAUUAUGGUGUAAUUUUAGCUGAAUUUUCGUCUACAACGUCUGAGGAUAAAAACAUUUCGGGUAUCGUAGCCAAUGGCGGUGGUCGACUAGCUGAAAUGACAGGUAAGUCCUUUAUACCACUAUUAUAAAUUUAGGCAUAAAAUGAAUAAAACAAACAUUUAUAUACUUUUAUUUUACUCUAUAAAAAAAUAAAAUCAUGGUCUUUUACAUUAUAUUCUACUGUAGACUAUCUUAUUUUUAUCUUAACCAUCGUAUUUUAGCAUCAGACACAGGAUUCGGCGAAGAGAUGACGGCGAAGGCGGCUCGGUCGAUAGGACACGUUAGGGCCGACUUCCAAGUCAAAAGUGAUACCGACUCGAUCCCCCCUCUCCCGCCCCCCUCCCUUACCGCCCGGCAGUCCUGACAGUACAGGCAACAACAACCUCCCCGACUCCCCCACAUUACUCAAUCACUUGACUAGCAUACAUUCUCAGGCCGUAGGUGAGUAUACCCACAUGUAUAUACGCUUAUAUAACGUUACAACGUCAGACAAGGCUUAUAUGGUACUAUAUAACAUACUAUAUGGUAUUAUAAACUAAAUUACCCUUACUUUUCAGCAUGGGGACGGAUGGCGCGGUGGGAACGGAAAGAACGCGUGGGUGAUAUGAUACCAUUGGUGGGAGAUUUCGUGGCUGUAGGUAAAUUGGCUGGUACCGUAUUCGACGGACAAGAUGUCAAAUGCAACUGGGAUGUAGAUAAUCACGCGUCGUUCGCCUUACUAAAGCAGUCCGAGGUCGAAAACUUUGAAGACAUAUGGCUAUACAACAGGUAACAUCUUCAACUGCUACAUAGGUCUUAAAGUUGGCAUCAAGGAAUGACUUGUAGUAAAAAUUGAUAAACUUGUACCCAAACUAAUCUCUACUGUGAUUAAUCUCAACUAAAAAUGAUUUCAGCGGUGAACGACCCAUCUUCAUGUGCGUAUCACAGUCCCUGCACAGCAUGAAAUCGUCGUCGGACACGAUCCGGCGCCUGUCGCCGGGCUACUGUAUCCGGGUGCACCGUAAGAACACAGAAGCCCAGGAUGAUGAAAGCACGUUGCUAACGGCAGAUUCCCCUGCCCAAGGCGUGUCCUUCCUCACCAUCAGCAUUGGCGUGGGCUGGGGCAUCAACUACCAGCGUUUGUACGUGUCGGACACACCGUGCCGGUACGAGAUCAUCUUCAGCUAG